AUGAGUGAAAUGGUAAUGAACUCCCUUCCAGUGGAUUACGCCACGGAAACCUCCGGUGGAUUUUCCUUUGAAAAUGCCACCCGCAAUCCCAUGAUCAUGGCCAGCAAGGGCGCCGAAUAUUUGCCCAAAUUAACCAAGAAGACUGGAACCACCAUUUGUGGCAUGGUCUACAAGGGAGGCGUCGUCUUGGGUGCCGAUACUCGCGCCACUUCCGACACUGAAGUAGCCGAAAAGAACUGUGAGAAGAUUCAUUACUUGGCUCCCAACAUUUAUUGUUGCGGUGCCGGAACCGCAGCUGACACGGAAAUGAUCACUCAAAUGAUGGCCUCUCAAUUGGAGCUGCUUCGAAUGAAUACUCACUCUCAAUCUCGUGUCAUUACUGCUUGUACUCUUCUCAAGAGAAGACUCUUUGGCUACCAGGGACACAUUUCCGCCGCUUUGGUUCUUGGCGGAGUGGACAAUAUCAAUGGACCUGCCGUCUAUAACAUUGCUCCCCAUGGUUCUACUGCCAAAUUGAACUACUCUACCAUGGGAUCUGGUUCUCUUGCGGCCAUGUCCAUCUUUGAAUCCGACUGGAAGGAAGACAUGUCCGAAGAAGAAGCCGUCCAGCUGGUCAAGCGAGCCAUUGGAGCGGGUAUCUUCAAUGACUUGGGAUCCGGUUCCAACUGUGAUAUUUGCAUUUUGAGGACUGAUGGAACCAAGGAUUACCGUCGUAACGACGUCAAGCCCAAUGAAGUGGCUCCUCUUCGUGCUCUUGUCAACAAGUCGUCUCUUCUUUCCAUGGUGCCAGGAUUGACUCCUACCAUUGGAAAUCCUCUCAUUCAGCCACAUCCAGCUCGUGUCAGUUUGGCCGAUGUGGAUGUGGUCAUGGAGACUGUCGAGUCUUAG